AUGGUUCCGGAGCAAGCGAUGGAGAGACAGGUGCCGACCGCCGCCAACGGUGUCGAAGAGAUGGCUGUAGCGGAUAUCGCCGUUGAGAUGGAGAAGACGGAAGGACGCGACAGCAACACAAAGUGCAGGUCUAACGACUCGUCCAGUGCGGAAUCGGUUUGCAGCUUCAGAAAGGAGUACCCGCAGCAGCAGCAGCAGCAGCAGCAGCAGCAAGACGGAGGUAGCGACGACAAGGUGUCGGGCGAUCUCGAAAAUGAAGGCCAAUUGCCUCUGAGAAGGUCGCAAACUGGGUUUCUUUCCCCGCGGCUGAAGGAUCAUCGGAAAAAGAUCUUGAGGAUAUUUUUGCAGACCAAUCUGCUGCUGGGUGCGGUUGUGAUCACGGUGCUUUCGAUAUACUGGGGCGCCGCGUACAAUAGAGAUCACUACAUGUUCAAGGUUAGCGUUCUGACGGUCAUACAGGACGAGUCCGAGGUGGUUCCGGUUACGAUGACGCAAGAACUGCCCUCUCUUAUCUCCAGCGUGCCCUGUACGUGGCAUGUGUACAGUCAGAGUGAAUUCAUGGAUGAGUAUAAUGUGACGGUGGACGAAAUUAGUGACAAAGUCAGAGAUCUGGUCUACGGAGAGCAAUACUGGCUAGCGCUGAACGCAAAACCGAACGCAACUGACGAUUUGUACAACACAUUGCUAGGAAACACAGAUGGUAACAGGAGUUUUACACCAGACUCGUACUUCGACGUUUGGUUCAUGAGUGGCCGUGAUCCGUCGAGUGUUAGAGCCUCUAUCUUGCCAAAUAUGCAAACUUUGGAAAAUUUGUAUGCGAACUAUUACCGCUCAACUUACCUGCCACAACUUAUUUCCAAUAUUACUUCCCGCGGUGACCAGGAUGCGGCGACGAUAGACCCAGCUACUGUGAUAAAUGUCUCCGAUAUGAAAUUUAACUAUAUAGAUUAUCGUUCGUUUUACGACACGGUUCUAUUAAGUCCUCUGCAAGUCGGUUUGAUUUACUGUUUGUUGCUGACUUUUUUCCAGCUAUCGCUGUUCGGACCUUUACACGCGGAGAUGGCACAGUUGUUGAAACCAAAGCAUAUGAUAAUUUACAGAAUUGCUAUUUCAUGGUUGACUUACUUUCUGCUGUCUCUGUUUUUUUGCACCGUAUCGGCUAUUUACCGUAUCAAUUUCACUCUGGCAUUCGGCAGAGGCGGUUUUGUGGUUUAUUGGAUGUCAACAUGGUUAUUGAUGAUGGCUCUGGGCGGUGCAAACGAGAACAUGAUCAGUGUAAUAUUUGUUUAUGGUCCACAAUAUUUGGGUUUUUGGUUAACGACAUGGAUUGUUUUGAAUAUUUCCUGCUCGUUUUACCCAUUUGUUCUGAACAAUCAAUUUUAUCGUUAUGGUUAUGCAAUGCCUAUUCAUAAUGGUGUUGACAUUUACAAAGUUAUCUUUUUGAAUCUAUCAAGACAUAAAAUGGGUAGAAAUUACGGUGUUUUAGUCGCCUGGGUGGCCAUUAAUACUGCUUGCUUCCCAUUCGCAAUGAAAAUCGUUGGACAGAGGAUAAAAAAGCAAAAGGAAGCUGCUGCACAACAACAAGAACAACAACAACUACUACAGGCAUCCGCUAAGUCGUAA